AACUGCAUGCCUGCUGUUCACCCUCAGCACCAGUGGGGUCCCGCUAAGGGCGAGUGUGGCGCCUGCGGUGACCGGAUGGGCGGAUUCCGGGAGAACGAGUACCCGGGAAAGUACUCGCAGCUGCCGUCCCAGCGGACGUACCGGCACGGCGAGGAGAUCAACGUCACCAUCUACACGACCGCCAACCUCCUCGGCUACUUCAUCUUUCGCCUCUGUCCGUCCAGAGACGGAAUACUGGUGCCUGACCUGGCCGAGUGCUUUAACAGGUGGGUCAUUUAGUUUUGACUGGGGUGCAGGUAUCUGUCCCGGCCGAGUGCUUUAACGGGUGGGUCAUUAGUUUUAGUAUGGUGCAGGUGGGUCAUUAGUUGUAGUGGGGUUCAGGUGGGUCAUUCGUUUUAGUGGUAUGCAGGUGGGUCAUUAGUUUUAGUGGGAUGCAGGUGGGUCAUUAGUUUUAGUGGGAUGCAGGUUGGUCAUUAGUUUUAGUGGGGAGCAGGUAUCUGACCUAGCCGAGUGCUUUAACGGGUGGGUCAUUAGGUUUAGUGGGAUGCAGUGGGGUCAUUAGUUUUAGUGGGAUGCAGGUGGGUCAUUAGUUUUAGUGGGAUGCAGGUGGGUCAUUAGUUUUAGUGGGAUGCAGGUGGGUCAUUAGUUUUAGUGGGAUGCAGGUGCCUGACCUGUCCGAGUUCUUUUACUGGUGGGUUGUUGUUUUUUAUCCUAUUGGGAUAGAAGUCCCUGACCUCGCCGAUUUCUCCACCUGGAGGGUCACUAUUUAAUCCUAAUGAAAAAAUCAGGUCCCUGACGGGAGCAUAAAUCAUGGGUGGUCACAAUUCAGCCCGCUGGCCUGUAGUUUGAGGACUUUAUUUCUGUAUAGUCAAAUGCAUUGCCAAAUAUGACAAAAGGAUAUCCUGGCUUCACCCCCCGUUCUACAAGACUCCACCCGAGGUUUCAUGUACUCACCAACAAGGGCGUACCGAGGGUUAGCGACGCCCGGACGGGUCAAGCAUUUUUUCCGCCCCUUAACAUGAAAAAAAAAAAAUCCGCAUUUUUACGAAAAUACCGCCCCUCAAUGUAUAAAUCAAAGUGUCCGCCCCGUGUCGACAGCACCCCCACAUCCCCUGACCACCCUAACUGCACAAUAACAUGAUGAUUUGAAUAAAUUAAGUUUUAGAUCAUUUUUGAAUAGGUACUCAAUGACACUGUCUAAAGAAAAUGAAGGCAGUACAGUUCAUCGGAACUCACCGAUUGAAGAAAGUCGCGUAAUGUUGAAAGAAACAAGCAUCUUGAAAUGUUUAUUAAUUUUAGGUUUCUUAAAAUAUUUUUUUUUUUUAAUACUGCAUUCAGUAAUGAGCUCAGUGGUCUAACAACCCCGCCAUCGGGUGUUGACUUAACAGACGGGGUGGGGUAGGAGCGCAUAUAUUCAAACAUAGAAAAAAAAAUUACUAUUUAUGUUAUAGCAAUGGCGGAUUCAGACAGAACUGCUUUUGACAUUUGACCACCCCCUCCACUAGCUUUCCCCACUCCCCCUUGGGUUCCUCCCCCCCCCCUACCCCUUUGAAGUUAUAUUUUGUUGUAAUGACAAAAAUAACCUACCUAGAUACACGGAAUAUAUUUAUUUAUUUUAUUUUUUUUAAAUCCAACUUAAGUCAGAAUCAAAGACUCGUGAUGUUUCCCCUCCCACCUCCCCUCCCCCUCCCCUCCCCUUCCCCCUCCCCUCCCCUCCCCUCCCCCUCCCCUGCCAAUGUCCUCUCGAUAAGCCGCUGAUAUCCCCCUCCCCUCCCCUCCCCUCCCCCUCCCCUGCCAAUGUCCUCUCGAUAAGCCGCUGAUGGAAAGGCCCUGCCCCUAUAACUUUAGAGAAACAGACCAGCUGUUGACACUGUAUACUUAAUCAAUUAAACGUAUUGGGCGAACUAUGGUUUUCUCGGUGAGCUGUGGUGGGGUGGGGGGGGGGGGAAGGAGACAGAUCGAGUCGCCAGAGGUCUGCACUCCUCGCACAGUCCUUGCACAGAAUCGUAGUUAUAAAUAGCCUCCUUCAAAGAUGACAAACAUCAAGCCGUUUUGGUUUUUGUUUAUUAUUAUUAUUUUUUUUUUUUGAAGGUCGAAACUUCUGAGAUUAAACAAAUGAGAAAAUGACAUCAUCUAUAGUGAUGACUUUUCUUUUUUAACGACACUGGGAAGAGGAAACAGAAACAUCACGCCACCGGAUCCGGUUACUAUAUUUAGACACGCUGCGUGAAAUGUUGUAUGCUAAUUAUAAAACCAGACACUGUUUAUCAGUUGCACUGCGAUGUCUGCUAAACUUUUGCAAGCUCGAACGUGGAAACAUGAUAGGGAAAUUAGCCUGGCAGAUGUUUUUCUUUUGGUAGUCUUAAAACCCCCAGAAAAUUUAAGAACUUUGUUGGUAAUCUUGUGUCGCAGUCAUGAAUGAGGCCAACCCAGAUUCCUGUAGGCCAGCCCUCAGAACUAUGCAGGCCAACUUUCAGAAUUAGGAUAGCCAACCCAGAGAUAGUAGGCCAUCCCUCAGAACUAUGCAGGCCAACUUUCAGAAUUAGGAUAGCCAACCCAGAGUUCUGUAGGCCAGCCCUCGGGAUUGUGAAGGCCAACCCAGAGUUCUGUAGGUCAGCCCUCGGGAUUGUGAAGGCCAACCCAGAGUUCUGUAGGCCAGCCAUCAGGAUUAUGAAGCCCAGCCCUCAGAAUUCUGUAGGCCGACGCAAAGUAUAGACUGAUUCUUAAGAUAAUACUUAAGGCCAACCUUCAAAAUUACGCCAACCCAUCAAAGUUAUGUGGGCCACGCAUCAGAAAUAUGUAGGUAGGGCAGACACCACAAAUGAAAAAAAAAAAAUCAAAAACCCUGUCCAUGGUAUGCAACAAUAACAAUUUAAUCAUCCACACGCAAUAGACAGAGGUGGACCCAUACAAGCGUGGUUUCGUGGAGUAAUUUGUACAAAUGUUAAAUUUCUUUAUAUAUAUAUAUAUAUAUAUUUUAUCUAUUCCGAAAAUAAAUGUCUUUUUUCCUUCCUUCAACAAUGUUUAUUAUAUUACUGACCAAAAUGUGACGAUAUGUGUUUUGUUAUCUUUCAGCCGGAGCCCACUGACCAUCGUUGAGACCCAAACGACCAAGUACUACCCAGGCAGCAAGGGUGGCUUCCACGAUCUUCACAUCGUGCUACCAAAAAACGUGUCCUGCCCAAGCUGUCUGCUUCAAUGGACCUACGUCACAGGUAUACUGAGGUUGUCCUUGUAGCUCACAUGUCAUUUUGCUCGAUGCAACUGAUUGCCGUAGCUGAUUGUUGUCAAUGAUCGCUGUAACUGAUCGAUGCCACUGAUCGAUCUAAUGGAUUGACGUAACUAAUCGAUGUAUUUGAUUUGAAGUAAAUAAAUGGUGUAACUGAUGGACGUAAUUUGAUCAGAGUCGCCACUGGCUGUAGCUGUUGGAUGUAACAGUUCGAUGGAACUGUUCCAUGUAACUGUUCAAUGUCACUGAUUGUUUUACUUAAACAUUUGCAUUGAACCUUCUACUCUGUUUCGUUUCUGGCAGGUUACCGAGAAAACAAAGCCACCCCACCGUGUGAGUCUUGUCUGGGCUGUGGUCCCCAGGAGCACUUCGUCAACUGUGCUGACAUAGAGGUAAGAUUCAUUUCAUGACUUUCAUCUUUCUUGCUUAGUGAGUUUUUUUCCCCCUUCUUCUCAACAACAGAUUUUCAUUAAAGAUCAUAUUUUGGGUUGCACCUUUAUUUUCAUCAGUACAUUUCCAAUGAAAAUCAUGUUGUUUUGUUUUUUAACAAAAUAGUAUUGUGCUAAAAUGUUCAUUGAAAAAAACAAAUCAAACUAUUGUUAAAAGAGAUGUUCCGGGAAAGUGUUGUUUUAUUUUGAGGUAACAUUGAACUGUCAGGCAAUGUGUUGAUAGAGCUUUACAAAAUUGUUUCUAUUUGCUUCAAAUUUCCUUUGAAUGUCCACCCAAUGUACUUCCUAUGGCCUUUCUCAUAUCCUUCCAAUAACCUUCAAAGGCCCUUGCAAUAUCCUUCCAAAAUCCUUCCAAUAUCUUUCAGAUGUCCUUCCAAUAUCCUUCCAGUAUUCUUCCAAUGUCCUUCCAGUAUCCUUCCAAUGCCCUAACAAUAUCCUUCCAGUAUCCUUCCAAUGCCCUACCAAUAUCCUUCCAGUAUUCUUCCAAUGUCCUUCCAAUAUCCUUCCAGUCUCCUUCCAGUAUCCUUCCAGUAUCCUUCCAGUAUCCUUCCAAUGCCCUACCAAUAUCCUUCCAAAAUCCUUCAAAUGUCCUUCCAGUAUCCUUCCAAUGCCCUACCAAUAUCCUUCCAGUAUUCUUCCAAUGUCCUUCCAGUAUCCUUCCAAUGCCCUAACAAUAUCCUUCCAGUAUCCUUCCCAAUAUCUUUCCAAUAUCCUUCCAAUGACCUUCCAAUGUCUUCCAGUGUCCUUCUAAAGAGCAAAGUUGUAUUUUGAGGUGAUUCACAUUACAAUAAUAAUUUUCGUGAGUAAUCAAAACAACUUUAACGCAAAUCAACCACCGUGUGUAUUUUUUUACCUUUUUUUUUUCUUUACAGAUUUUGCCAGAUGGUGCGACCUGGCAGAUGGAGCCUGAUUACCCAAGCAACAAACUAACAACCGCCGCCAGCCCCACUGCCGUCAACAGCACAGGCCGGCCCACCACCCAGGCAGCAAUAACAGCAACACCAACACCUUUUCCCACAGCGAGAACUACAACCCUUCCGCGAACCACCAGCACGACAUCACCGAACGGCCCCGCGCCUUGCACCCCGCUGUCCGACCACGUCGUGUGCGAGCCGCGCGGCAUCCAGAAACUGAUACCGGGCGGUGCCAACUGGUGCCUGCGGAACUGCCAGACGGGACGGUGCGUACCCGAGUUCUGCACCUGCUACUGCAAGUACCCCACGUACAAAAUCGACAUCGAUCCGUCGGCGUUCGAUUGGAUCGCGUCCGCCAACACUAUUUUAUCCACGUCGGCGGUGCCCACCUCGGCGGCGUCGACGUCGUCGUCGUCCUCGUCAGCCCCGGCGACGUCGAAGACGCUGUGCUACAAGGCGACUAAGCUUUGGACUCAGACCCCCGGCAUGAACGGCUGGUGUAAAUUCAACUGUCCCAGUGAGUGGUGCCAGGAUAUGUGCUCGCUGCAAGUCUGUCCAGUACAAUAGCAAUGUUUGAUAAAUAAUGUGGGGUCUUAGGUCUCGUUAACUUAGCACAAAUAGUAGGAUUUUUUUUUUGGAGGGGUUAUAAUUAGAAGCAAAACGAAUACGCUCAUCAUCUGCUAAAUGCUCAUGCACCAAAUGUUCAUCUGCUAAAUGUUCAUCUGCUAAAUGUUUAUCUGCUAAAUGUUCAUCUGCUAAAUGUUCAUGCACCAAAUGUUCAUCUGCGAAAUGUUCAUGCACCAAAUGUUCAUCUGCUAAAUGUUCAUGCACCAAAUGUUCAUCUGCUAAAUGUUCAUCUGCUAAAUGUUCAUGCACCAAAUGUUCAUCUGCUAAAUGUUCAUGCACCAAAUGUUCAUCUGCUAAAUGUUCAUGCACCAAAUGUUCAUCUGCGAAAUGUUCAUUCACCAAAUGUUCAUCUGCUAAAUUUUCAUUUGCUAAAUGUUCAUGCACCAAAUGUUCAUCUGCUAAAUGUUCAGACACCAAAUGUUCAUCUGCUAAAUGUUCAUGCACCAAAUGUUGAUCUGCUAGAUUUUCAUCUUGUAAAUGUUCACAAAACCAAAAGUUCAGCUACUAAAUGUUCAUCUGCUGAAUGUUUAACGUAUUCUCCUAAUUUUUCAUCUUGCAAAUGUUCAUCUAAUAACUGUUCAUCCAUCAUAUGCUCCACCCUACCCCCUCCCCUCCGAAAAAAAAUUAUCCUCAGUUAAAUGUUUCUCCACUGAAUGUUAAUCCACCACAUGUUCAUCCACUCAAUAUUAAUCCACCGCAUGCUCAUCCACGAGAUGUUCAUUCCAUAAAUGUCCAUCCACUAAACGGUCAUGUGGGAUCCAGCUGGCCCUGCGAUACAAACAAUUGUAGAAAAUGGUAUGCAUGCGCUUGAUCUCAUUAUACAUUAUGUUUUCAAAG